GUCAGUGUGUGGGAAGUGCUGAAAUAUCUCAACGUCACUGCCACCGCGGCGGUCGAGUACUGAGAUACAAUUGCCGUGUCUCAUAGUUGGAUAGUUGAAGAUCAAAGAGGGAAAACCUGUCAAACCAACGAUAUAGCUAUCUAUCUACCGAAAGUCCUCGAUACAAAUCGCGGAAAUAAGAAGUUCCUAGUUUCGCUCUGGUUUCAAGUAGUUAGCAGUUGAAACGUUUUUUUAGGUAGCUUCACGUUCACGUUAGAUCGCCAGGUCAGCUGUAUUUAUUAACACGUUGUUGUAUUCUUUAGCUAUUUCGUCGGUCUUGAAUAACGAUUGGGGUGAUUCCCAAACGUAAAGUAUUGCUAGAUGAUUAUGGAGAAGAAGAGGAUGGAUUGCCCCUCUCUGCCACCGGGUUGGAAAAAAGAAGAAGUGAUCCGGAAGUCAGGGCUCAGUGCUGGCAAGUGUGAUGUGUAUUACUACAGUCCCAAAGGGAAGAAGUUCCGGAGCAAACCCCAGCUGUCCCGUUACCUCGGCAACACGGUGGACCUGGGAUGUUUCGACUUCCGAACGGGCAAAAUGAUGAUGCCCAGCAAGCUGCAGAAGAACAAACAGAGGCUACGGAAUGAGAACCUCACCAUCAACAAGUCUGUCUGUGGAGGUUGGGGUGUUCUGCCUAUUGUUCUGUUUGUGACCGUGUUCCUGCGGUCGUGUUGUCCUGUAUCAGGCGUGGGUCCAGACACGUCAGACGAGACUCUCCUCACGGCCAUCGCCAGCGCCCUCCACAUGAGCUCCUCCCCCAUCACGGGCCAGACGACCUCGGCUGCAGAGAAGAACCCUGCUAUCUGGCUCAACACGUCGCAGCCCCUCUGUAAGGCCUUCAUAGUCACCGACCAGGAUAUUCGGGAACAGGAGCUAAAGGUGAUCCAGGCCCGCAGGACUCUGGAGGAUGCAUUGAUGGCAGAUGGGUUGGCGCGGGCCGUCGAAUCCAGCAGAGACUCAGAGGAUAAAGCUGCAUAGACCAAACAUGGCAGGUUCCACAAUGCCCAAGAUGAAGACAGUCAUCACACACAGAGGCCGUGUCCCAAAUGGCAGCCUAAUCCCUGUGUAGUGAACUACUUUUGACUAUGUCCGCUAUGGCCCCUGUCAAAGGUAGUGUCAUUACAUAGGGAUUAGCGUGUUAUUAGGGACUCCUCCAGAGAUGGUCCUCCGUUAAUCUGCCUUCUAAAGAGCUCGACGAACGGACCCGUUGCACAACGUCACACAUCCCUUGAUAUCUAACUCACCUAGCUUCAAACCAAGGCCUUUUUUUUUUGGACUAAACUAUUGUUGAUGUAAAUAUCUAUAUAUAAUUUCAGAACAAUGCUUAUUUUGUGUCAUAAUUUUUUAUUAUAAAGGUGAAUAUUGAGCAAUACUAUUUGAACUUCUGGGAACUUUGUUGCAAUCUGCUGGAUUGGUAUUGCUAACUAUUUUAGGGAUUGAAUAUUAUUUUCAGGGUUUGUUAACACAUGAUUCAUUCAUUUACAUGAACAUGUAAAUGGAGAAAAAAAACUCUUUAUUUAAGACAAAUUUUAUACCUUGAGAGAACAAUGUGUAAAUUUCUUGCAUCACGUUAGAGUAAAUAAAUCAUUAUAUUCACAAGC